GUCAAGCAAGCGUCAGGUCUGCUCACUCCACUGCGGUUCACCAAAUUCCAGACAUUCUGCCACGGCCUUUGGGUAUGAUCAGACCUCUGUCUCCUUUCCUUACCUCGGAUUUUUUAAUUCAUUUUGUCCCAGCGCACCUGACCUCCUUCUCUCCCGAUUAAUUGGAAUUCUUCGAAAUGUCAGCUCCCACAGCCCCUGCGCCACCUGCAAAUGAAAUGGAAAGUGAAUGGAAGUCACCUGCUCCGAGGCCUGCGGAGCCCCCUGACUACAACUCCCACUUUGUGCCAGGACCCCCUGGAGCAGCUGUUCCUCCACCUGCAGGCACCCCAGGAGGCUUGCCUAUGGGAUAUUAUGGUCCACAGCAGCCCACUACCUUCCCCUACUGCCCCCCAACUGGGGGCACCCACCCUGUCCAGUACCAACCUGGCAGAUAUCCAGUGUCCAGUCAGUCAGCUCCAAUAACAUGGAUGCCAGGGCCUACGCCUGCGCCCAACUGCCCUCCUGGUCUGGAAUACCUGACCCAGUUGGACAACAUACAUGUUCUUCAGCAUUUUGAACCUCUGGAAAUGAUGACAAGAUUUGAAGCGAAUAAUAAAUACGAUAUCAAGAACAACCUGGGCCAGAUGGUUUACGUGGUAAAUGAAGACACAGACGACUUUACCAGGAAUGCUUACCGAACCCUGAGGCCCUUCGUCCUCCGCGUCACUGACGCGAUGGGCCGAGAGAUCAUGACAAUGCAGAGACCUUUCCGAUGCACCUGCUGCUGCUUCUGUUGCCCCUCCACCCGGCAGGAGCUCGAGGUGCAGUGCCCUCCUGGUGUCACCAUGGGCUUCGUCAUGGACCAUUGGAACCUGUGCCGGGCGGUGUACAGCAUCCAAAACGAGAAGAGAGAGACUGUGCUGCGUAUCCGUGGGCCGUGCUCAACCUACGGCUGUGGCUCCGAUUCUGUGUUUGAGGUCAAAUCCCUGGACGGUGUGCCCAGCAUCGGCAGCAUUGUGCGCAAGUGGAACGGGCUGAUGUCCGCCAUGGGCGACGCGGACCACUUCGACAUCUCCUUCCCCUUGGACUUGGACGUGAGGAUGAAAGCUAUGAUCUUCGGAGCGUGCUUCCUCCUCGACUUCAUGUAUUUUGAGAGAUCUCCACCAUCACGUUCAUCAAGAUAGAGGGACACAGCAAAUCAGCAAUUAUGGUUUUAAAAAAAAGUUUAGGAAAGCUGGAUUGGUUCACAGUCACCCUCAGUUGUCUGCAGAUACAUUUCUCUGCUCGUGCAGAUCAUGUUUAUUUGGUGUUGGCUUUGACGGGUGGCCUCAGACUGUAAGAGCACAGCCUGAUGUGCGUUGCAGUGAGUAUGUGUCUCAUUGUCUGCCGGUAGAAUAAGAGUUCAUCCUGAAAAAGCUGUGAGUCAUUAACCAAGUAAGUACAGACAUGAGGAGCUGGAAAACACUGCCUGUGAGACGGGGGAGGAGUCCCAGAGCACAGGGAAUGUCCAACCACCUCUGACCAAAGACAGAUUUCAUUCCAGGGGAAAAGAGUCAUACUCUUCAUCUUUAAAAACAAAAAGGAAGGCAGACAGAAACAUUAUAUUUUAUUGUACAAGGAACAUUUUACUUGUGCACACGUAUCAAAGCCUCAUUUUGAAAAAUUUAUUAAAGUUUCAAAGGCAAACUUGAUUUUAUUAUAAAAUAAUUUUUUUUUUAAUUUUUAUCAUAAGGUUUAUAUUUUCCAUGCCUGUUGCUGCUAGCAUGGACAAUCAGGAGAUGCCUUAUAUGUGAAGUCAAGGUCAGACUGUCAGGAAAAAAAGGUGACCAGGGCCACAGCCACUCUAGGUCUCUUAGCAACUCAGACACAUCAGUGCCCUCCUAAAGAGCUUGCAUUUAAUGCAUUUAAUCUCUCUUGGUCACGGCUGCCUUAUGUAUAAAAUAUUUGCGGCCAAAUCUCUAAGAUUGCCCAUUGAACCUUUGAAUCUCCUUUGAUGGAACAUGGAGCUGAUCACUUCUUUUCUUUCAAGAAGAUCGCUGAUCAUCAUUCUGCUGUUUUAAUGGCAAGAGCUGGAGUUUUGUUGUCAAAUUUUGAAAUGUGACAGUCUGUGUAGCACUUUGUAAAAGCAAGAACUACAAAUUCUGACGCCGCUUACUAUUGCAUUGUGGCUUUUUAAGUAAUAGAUAAAUCUGUAUCUAUGCAAAGAUAAUAAAACAGUAAACAUUCUACAGAUUAUAUAAGGUCAGUACAGAUUAUAUACAAUCCAUGUAGUUAAGGUGUAAAUUGCACUUGUUUGUAGGAACCAAGUAACAGCAUAGUAUAUUAGUGACUGCACUCUGCUAAAUCCACCUGCUUCUGUUACAUCUGAGCGUCCCAUCUGGACACGGACUGUGUUUUAACAGAGCCCGUACGUAGACUGCAAUGUGUCUUCUGCUCCUUGUUAAACCAAGCGAGCUGAGUGUUGUUAGAUGUCGUUAUUCUGAGAUGAGGGAUUUCACCCACAGUUCUUAUUGAAGUGAAAGAAAACUGCUUCACUUUUUUCUUAUUUUAAAAGACUCACAUGAUCCCUGGCCGGUUUGGCUUAA